AUGAAUAACCAAGGAGCUACUUAUGCAGAACUUAAUCUGAUGAAAGACUCAAAGCGACAGCAAAUUAAACCCAAGGGCACUAAAAGUUCCAUUUCAGUAACUGAGCAGGAAAUAAUCUAUGCAGAAUUAAACCUUCAAAAUGCUUCUCAGGAUCUUCAAGGGAAUGGCAAGAACUAUCACUGCAAAGGGAAGCUCAUUGCUGGGAUCCUGGGAAUCAUCUGCCUCGUCUUGAUGUCUGCUGUGGUCACAAUAGUAGUUGUUACCUCUACUGAAAUACCGGAGCAGAAAAAUUUAUCCCUCACAAUAAAGAUCCAGAGAGCACAUCACUGUGGUUGUCCAGAAGAGUGGAUCGCCUACUCCAACAAUUGCUAUUACAUUAGCACUGAAAGAAAAUCAUGGAAUGAAAGUGUGACAUCCUGCGCUUCUCAGAACUCUAACCUGCUCUACAUAGAUGAUGAAGAAGAACUGUAUAUGUUGAAAUUCCUCAUUCAUUCUUCAUGGUGUAGAGUCUCCCAGAGAAGCAAUAAUAAUUCAUGGGUGUCUCCCAUAAGCUUAACUUUAUUUUCCAAACCGUUGUCAGUAUCUUCAGAGUGGGACAACAAGUGUCCAUUUUUGUAUACUCAUGCCAAAAAAUUUCUUCUUGAAUCCUGCUUAGAAACAAAAACAUAUGUUUGUAAGCACUGUGCACUUCAACAUACCUAA